AGGGAGGAUGCGGGGCUCGGUGCGGCCCCAGGGGCGGGUUGCCCAGGGUCGCUGACAGGCUGGGACCCCUGGGGUCAUGGAUGGGGGGGUCACGGCCCCCCUCGAUUGUGCUGGUCCUGCUGCUUGCGUUACCGCCCAUCUUACAUACGGCAGGAGGAGUGGGGGAAGCCGGCAUUGACCUCUUGGCGUCCCUACAGCUGCACAACACCAGUCACCAAGGUGUCACACUCGCCCCGGGGCCGCAGCGGCUACGUCCUGCCUUCUAUCUGCAAGGAGACUACCGGGAUUUACGACUGCCGGCCAGCGUCUACCAACAAGCUGUGGAAUUGUUACGAGGCAACCCAGAGUUUACGGUUGCGGCAAGCCUGCGCCAGGAGGAGUUUAACUCCGGCACCAUCGUCGCCUUCUCUCACGGCUUUAACAGGUAUUUAGAACUUCAAUCAAGUGGUCGUAAGGAUGAGAUUCGGCUGCACUACACUGGCCACGAUUCUAUUGUGCACAUUGAAACCUUCCCGUACCGUUUGGCAGACAACGUGUGGCAUAAGGUAGCAGUGAGCGUGAGUGGGUCGCAGGUAGAACUGAUGGUAGACUGUCACCCGCUCUACCGUCGUCUGCUCAGUCGCACACCCGACACCAACUUCACCCUGCCACAACUCACCCUCUGGGUUGGCCAACGCAACAACAAACACUCUCUUUUUAAGGGCACACUACAAGAUGUAAGACUGAUCACAGGCCCCCACGGCUACCUGAACCAGUGUCCCCACCUGGAUACCAGCUGUCCUACCUGUGGACAGUUCUCUGUACUGCAGAACACCGUGGAAACCCUUACCAAACACCUACAGGAUCUCUCCCAAAGACUGAUAGCAGUAGAGGGCAAGAUCAGCAGGUUAGAAGAGUGCGAUUGUCAAAAGUCAUGUACAGUAAAUGGCAGCAUACACGCCGACGGUGCGUCGUGGCAGCAUGAUUGUGAUAUUUGUUCGUGUGUUCAUGGAGAAGUUCAGUGCAGACCUGUACAAUGCCCCCCUGUAAACUGUAAAAACCCCGUAUUGAACCCCGGAGAAUGUUGUAAGAGUUGCCUUAAGCAAUGUUAUCUACGAGGGACGCUGUAUGACCACGGAGACUCUGUGAGUCUCAAGCAGUGCGUCGAGUGUGAGUGUCGCGACGGUUCGAUGCAUUGCACCCGCAUCGAUCCCGAGACCAUGUGUCCUCCACUCACCUGUCCACCCAGCCAACAGUUCAGCGUCCCAGACGAGUGCUGUAAAUUUUGCCCAGGUGUGGACUACUGUGGCAAGGGACAUGAGUGUCACAGUAAUGCAAGUUGCCUUAACCUGGAGACGACUUACGCAUGUCACUGUAACACCGGCUUCUCAGGAGAUGGCCACACAUGUUACGACAUAGAUGAGUGCCAGAGCCAGGGAGGACUGGAGGGUCAUCACUGCCACUCUAACACGAGGUGUGUAAACACUGCCGGAGGUUACGAGUGCGAGUGUCUGCCGGGUCAUCGACGGCUCGACAGGUUCAACUGUGUGGAGGUGGACGAGUGUUCGACAGGGACACAUCAGUGUGACGCACACGCUACCUGUAGGAACACUCAGGGCAGUUACCACUGCCUGUGUCAGGACGGGUACACGGGAGACGGAUACAAGUGCACUCCGGUGUGUCCUCAGACGUGUCUCAACGGUGGGGAGUGUGUGAGGCCGGGAGUGUGCCAGUGUCGCAAGGGUUACGUUGGGGACAGCUGUGAGGCAGACCUGGACGAGUGCACUGCAGGCCUACACCAAUGCCAACCGUCAGCUGUGUGUGUCAACAUGCCGGGUUGGUACUACUGCCGCUGCAAGCCCGGCUAUCGCAGCACAAUACUGCCCGACAACACUCUAUCUACUACCUGCACAGACCUAGACGAGUGCAGCAAUGGAAGUCACAGCUGCCAUCCGAGCGCUGAGUGUGUAAACACUGACGGAGGGUUCCAGUGUUCCUGUAGCCACUCAACUACAGAAGACCCAACCAAGGGGGAUCAGUGCAAACUGAGCUGUAUGCUGGAGGGUAACGAGAUAGAGAAUGGUAUGACAGUUACACCACCUAACGCGCCCUGCAAACGUUGUACGUGCGUGGACGGCGUGCUGAGCUGUCAGGAGCCGAUCUGUGACUGUGCAGCGCAGGGGAGUGACCACAACAAGUGCUGUCCGCAGUGCGACCCUCGCGCGGCGUGCAAACAUCAGGAACUGAGACAUGUGGUCUUCCGCAGCGGAGAACGCUGGAUAUACCAGUGUCAGACUUGCGAAUGCCUUUUUGGUGAGGUGGACUGCUGGCCGAUGGAGUGUCCCCCCACCACGUGUCCUGACCCUCUACUGACGCCUGGCGACUGUUGUCCUCGCUGCCUCAACGACCCGUGCGCCCUGGAGCCUUCCAACACCACCAGCGGCCAGCCCUGCACCUACGCCGGGCGACUCUACGACUCUGGCAGCUACUGGAACGACCCUUACGAUAAGUGCACCGCGUGUAACUGUAAGGUGCCGUACUGCGCAACUUUGGUGAGCAAUUUGGCGUGUUGUGUGCAUCGGACGGACGGUUAUGCUGCACUUUUGACCUCCGCUGCGCUGCUGCUACUCAACUACCGCGACGAGCUACUUCCCCGACUCCACCGCCAUCGCAAACACUGCUUCACACGACUGCGGCUGAGCCUGCUAGUGCUAAUGACACUCGUGCUGUCCGCUCGACCCCACGAGGCUAACAUAGUUCCUUACGUGUGUUUUUGUGCAUUUUUACCGGAUGAUUUACAGGAUUUCUAUGUAUUUUCAUCUGCAUUGUGAAAUACGCUUUGCGUUACCUUGCGAGAAUGGAGGCCUUGAAAACUAUUUUGUUUUCUAGUAUUUAUUCGUACGUCGCCGGACCGACGUUACCCGAAGCUGUCUCGGCACCGUUAGAAGUACCUUAGCUCUCGACCCGAGGGGCUUUACCUGUGUACGUAUUUAGAUAGCUUAAGAUCGCCAAUCUUGCCCACAUCUGGUGCCAGUUUAAGCUUGCUUUACGAUACUUUUUUAUACUUUGAUAAGUGUGUAAAUACUAUAUACACGAGGUGUAUUUUGUAAAAACGCUUCGUACAUGUUUUUAGUAGUUUUUAUUAUGUUUUGCGACAUUUUAUAUUUUUUAUAAUUAUUUAUUUAUCUUUACGAUUUUUGUUGUCGCUAUUAUAGUUUCGUUCUUUUUUAAGUUGUGUAUUUAUGUGUAAAGUAGUACUUAGAAGAGGUUCUAAAUGUAAAUAGAUAUCUUUAUAAGGUUAAUUAUAUGUUUGUAGAUUUGCAACCUGUGGCAAUAAUACAAAAUUACUUCUAAUAAGCCUUAAUAUUGAAAAAAUAUUAAUAAUUCGUGCACUUUUGUUAAACAGGGCAGUUCAUUAAAAAAAUAAAUUUUACUUAAUCAUUGUAAGAGAUGUAAAAAAUAAUUUAUAAAAACCUUGUUGCGAUUAACCAUACCUCCUCUACUAGCUUUAAUAUUUAGGCUACAACAUUGUGAUACUUAUUCCAUGUUUAGGGCUUAACUAAAAUAACACCUUAGUUCAAAAAUUAUUAUUUUGAUGCAAACAAAUAUGAUACGCUUGUAAGCUGAUUUAUAAUACAAGGGUUCGAAUACAGAAAUAUUCACACAGCAUUUUUUUUUAUAAAAACACACACCUCAUAUUCCAUGUCACAUUUUCUGCCAUUGUAAAAACAAAACCCACAAAAAUCAACAACCGACAGAGUGUCCUAUUGCAGCAAUAGUACUGAUUAAAAUGUAAUGCAAUAUCAUAUUGUCUGUGUGUUUCCCCCUUAAAAAUUAUAUAAAUUAAUAUUCUUGAGCUCCGUUAACCGUCGCAACGAUAUAAUGACAAUCAUUCGCCAACGACAACUAUAUUGGAUCAGAUGUAGGCAAGAAUUUCCUAUCCUUGUAUAGAAUAUUUUAUAUUUAGUAUAUAAAUGCAAUAAAUUUCUUAAAGGUAAUAGUCUGCAUUGCAUAGAAUAUAAAUAUGUACAUUCCUUUAUAGGAAAUAGCUUGAGGCAUUCGGUCUAACAGUAACGCACAGUUUUUCUUCAUUGUGUUCUCUCAACGUUAGAUGUAAAAUAUUAAUAAUACUAUAACAGAGGUAAUAUGACAACAAAACCGAUACUAUUCAAACUUCAUCAAUCAUCACAUUUUACUUUCAGGCCUUUAAUUUUAGUUAAGUUUUGAACAGGUAUUUUCUGUAUAUUUAGAUUAAAUCUAUUCUUUAAAUCAAUUAUAAAAAAUCAUUUCCUUUAACAAUAAUUGUCCACAUUAUUUAUUUCAGUUUUUGAAGAUGAAUACAUUUUGGGAUUGAAGUACGUUAAACUAUAAAAGUAAAGAAAAAUAUUUAAUUGAAUAAAGUCAACAAAUAAUUCCUGAACUCAUCAAAAAUAAUAUACAUCAAAACUAAGUCUUGGUUGAUAUUCAAAUGAUUAAUAUCUAUUCUAAGUAAAGUAUUAUAAUUCACUUUAUUUUUUCCAAUUAAAUUUACAUUAACAGGUAUUUAAAGGUGAAAUACCAAUGUUCAAGACAAACAGUACCUUUUGCUUAAGAUUGUAAAAUUUGUAGCCAUUUGCAAAAUCACCAUAUGCAUACAAUAUUAAUUUGCUUUUAUACAUUGGGAUCUGCAUUCGCUUUGUAGUUUCAAACACAUGUUCAAACUUACUUGUACUAGUCUUACCAGGUAAAUGUGUGAUGCUAAGUCGUAGUAACCGAAUCGAGUGCCAAAUGGCAAGAACUGAGGAGGAGGAAGAAUUACCAGCGUAACCACUUACACAAGUAUGGUAUUUCGUUUGUAUUUAAGUCAAUAAUAAUACGAGACUGAUGAAAUGUAAAAAUAAAUAUGUAUGUCACUUAAGUAGGGCCUAACUUAAGAUUUGUAUUGUGAGAAAUACUGAUGAAAAUUGAUUGUAUCAGGGAAAACAAGCAAUAAUUUUUAGUUCAUAAGUUUCAACAAAAUUAUAAAAAAUAAUAUGAAGAUUAGCUCAAAUUUUGCUCUUUGCUAUAAUUGAAAAAAAUUUUUAACAGUUUUAACACUAAAGGCCAAUCAUAGAAUUUCAAUGUCAAUGUUUCGAGGUUGGUAACAACUUUUGAGCAAACUUUGGUUUAAACACAAAGGCUUAUUUUACACAGCUGUAGACUUUCAAAAUCUGUUGAUAAGCGUAAUAGCAUAAGGUAGCCAAUCCUAAAGUUUGUUUUCCUAAAGAGUAAAUAGCUAACAGUACAGACUACCUUAGGCCUGUGCAGUGCUGCAACAAUUUAACUGAGAACCCCCUGAAAAGUAUUGUUUUACAUCCCCUUUUAAGCUUUAAUUAAAAGAAAUAAAACAUAGAUAGCAUAUUUAUUUUUUUUUACUUCACUGAUGGAUCAUUGUAAUUAAUCAAUCAAGGAAAAUGAAGAAAAAAUAAAAGACCUAAAUUAAACAAGAUUUUAAAUGGCCCAAAAAUGUGUUUGUGCCAUUGGAUACCCACAAGUAGCAUGGACGAUUACACCACUGUACUUGUUAAAUAUUUAAGCAAUCCACAUUAUCACAGAGAAUAAGGUACAGAGGAAACACACUUAUGGGACAAUCGUGCGUAUGUUGUUAUACUUGUGACGAGCAAAGAAGAGCCCGAACAGCUAGCACUGUACAGAAAUUCUUAUCACCUAGGGCACAGGGUCUUCCUCACGAGGGCGAGGAGCACAGUUGGACUUUGCCCUAUACACCACUCAAGUGUACCAUGGAGUGUAUCCUAUGUUCUUUACUUCUCCGUGAAAUUAAGCGUAACUGAUAAACAAUAUUUUUGUUUUAAAUUGUAAAAUACAUGUUUAACAUUUUAAAUGUACCAGAACAAAAACAAGACAGUAAAUUAUAAGCUCGAGUCCGAAAAUUUCCUAGGGAGGAACAGGAAAUUAAUAAUCUAAGAAAUUUUGUUUAUGAAUUAAUUAAUAAUAAAACCUUUUUGGACUUCAUUUGUCUUAUUAACGGAAAAUCCAUAGCAAUAACUAUUACAGUAUCUUUGAAUUCAUUAAGCAUUACUGUAUUCAAGAUUAUGCUGUUGAACAACUUUAUAUUGAUUUUAUUUAACUUAAAACCAAAGUUUAUAUUAUUAUUACGUAGUAACUCUAUCUGUAACAGCAUGAUUUUAUCCUUUAUACGCAAUAGUUUUAGUUCCUAUGAAAAAUAUUGUAUUGUAGGAUUAAAACAAAAAAAAUUGUAUGAGAUUUACCAUAAUCUUAACUACUUUAAAUAACAUUACCAAAUGUUUUGAUACUUAUAUUGGUGAUGUCCCUUAGAAACCAAAGAUACAACAAAUAAUCACUAUUGUUUUUGUAUGAGUUUUUUACAACUGUUCUUUAAAAACAAAACAUGGAUAAGUUAAUUAACUUUCACAAGUGGUAGUAAGUUUAGUUAGUACCUAUUUUAAGCCAUAUUUCUUUACCAAACCCAUUUCUCUUUAGGCUAAAACAAAGCUUUAUCAAGCUUUAAGAGGCUAAGACAUUAUUGUUAGCAUUAGAAGUCUAUUAUUAUUGUUUAGAUGAACAAACCAAAGAAAACUAAUUGCAAAGAGUUGGAUGAACUUGAAUAAGAAUGGUCAUGUGUUAUUCAAAGUGAAAAUAACAUCUUACAAUAGUGAGCUAAUAUUAAGAAUGUUUCAUAACUACAAAAAAUUCAAAAUAAUGGAUUCUUUACAAUGCUAUUAGUUGGUUUUUAAAUCUAUUCAAACAGAAGGCACAUAAUCGAAUAUAGAGUCUCCAGUAUUUUUUAUAAUUUAAGUAGUAUCGUCUAGUCAUCUGUUAAUUUGGUAUUGAACAUAUAAAUAUUAUAUUAUAUAAAUAAGUAAGCUCGGCCUGAUACCUCAUAUAUCAUGAAAUACAUAUUUAUGCAGAUUUCAGUUAUCUAAUAGAAAAAUAGAAAUAAAUUGUUAUUAAUAAAUAAAUAGAUUGAACUUGUUUUAGUGUGUUUAUUUUUUGUGCUAAUAAAAAGAAAACAAU